AUGGCUGCCUCAAUUCAUGAGAACACCCACAAUGCGGAAAGUUCAUCGAAGGCGCCAAAGAAGCGGGUCAUUACGCCUGCCCGCAAAGCACAGAACAGAGCCGCCCAGCAAGCCUAUCGGAAGCGACAAAGCGAGCGCAAGGCUCAAGCGAUCUCGCAGCGAGGGGUUACCAAGAACUUGGCCCCCCGACCCUCAGGAGCGUCCCAAGAGGAGAGCUCUCCGGUUUCCGAGCCCGAGUCUGCAACAUCCCGGAGACCAUCGUCAGAGAUAUCGGAUUUGAAGUUUUCCCAAAGGGCGACUCGUAUACCCCUCGCUGAUCCGAUCGCGAACACUCUGCGAACCCCCCGGGAUACUAUUUGGGAGGCUGUUCUCAAUAACGCCGUCUGUCUUGGAUUCGAUCUAAGCCGACUCGCAGAUUGUCGCCGACCUUACAUAUCCCCUUUCUUCAAGUCGAUUACACCACAGGAUGAGCCCCAGCAAGUUGUUGCGUCUACAUUUGAUGCCACAAUACCGGUUCAUCUGCAGCCGACGAUGGCCCAGAUCCUAAUUCCACACCACGCAAGUCUCGAUCUGAUACCAUUACCCCUUCUCCGCGAUCGAGUGAUCAUGAUGUCUUUUGCAAUGCCACGGAUCUUUGACCUUUGGGACCUGAAGCUAGAUAUAUACGUACACCACGCGCUAGUUUAUCAAUCUGGUGGAUCCCAUCGUGAAAACCAAUCGUGGGACCAAAGUAGCUGGAAAGCCACAUCUUGGUUCUUGCGAAAGUGGUGUUUGGACUGGAUCAAGGAGCUGGCGGUAAGCGAAGACCCCUGA